UGAUGGAAAACUUGUUACAACAAAGUAAAAAUGACCACAAGUUGAAAAUUGUGAAGCUAAGAUGAAGCUAAGUGAAGGCCAUUGUCUGUUAGGACAUCAUUGAGCAAGGAUACACACUUCACUACGAGACAUCUUACUCUACCGAAAUGAGGUUCGUCGUCGUCGUGUUACUCGUGUCCUUGGCUGUAAUCGUUUCUCCCGCCAUCAAGCAGGCGUGUGGACAGAAAAACAAGCCAGCCAGACAGCCCAGAUCAGAUUUUUCAUGUCUGGCGGGUCGUCCUGGUAUCCCUGGACUCCACGGUACACCCGGUGCUCCUGGACGAGACGGACGAGAUGGCGGACCAGGUACUCAAGGUAAACAAGGUCCUCGAGGGUUUCACGGGACUCCAGGCAAGCAAGGACCUCCCGGAGCUCCUGGUACAGCCGGUAACACUGGUCCUCAGGGUCCAAAGGGUGACGCUGGCCCAAAAGGAGAAAAGGGUGAGCCUGAUUGUGUUUUCCAAAAGAAAUACACUGAUUCGAUCCUCCAUGUUUACUGGAAUGGCAACCUAAGGAUAUGUAAUUGUAACGACUGUUGUAAGCGCUGGUUCUUCACGUUCAACGGCACUGAAUGCACGACACCCCGUGCUAUAGACGGUAUUGUUUACAUGGCAAAAGGAGUCGGUCACAACAUCCACCGUGUCCGCCAUAUUGAAGGUCACUGUGACAAGAUCCACAAGGGACCUGUUCGUGUGGGCUUCAAUGUCGGGAACUGUGCCGGGUAUGGAAAUGUGGAUGCCUAUACCGGGUGGAAUUCAAACAGUCGUCUGUUCGUAGAGGAGGUACCCAGACCCCAGCCGUAGAACUAUCCAUUUCCGACAAGACAUAAGCCAGACUGAUUGAAUACGAAGUCUGAGUAAAGCUCUCUAACAAUUACUUUGAGAUGUUGUUUAAUCCAUAAUGUGUUAGUUAAAUAAAAUAGAAAUAGAAUAAAAGUCAACAAAUAAAUGUUACCAUUAUCGUUCAA